AUGGGCAUGAGCUCUCCCCAGAAAGACUGGAACUCUAGAGAUGAAUUCUUCAAAUUCACGCGAGGCCGUUUCGUCAUAGACGAGGCGGAGAAUCUGCGCAAGCGAGAGGUCAGAUUCGACUUGAAUAGGCUCGCGAGUAUCGCGGCAGACUAG